AUGGCCUCAACAGGGAUCACUGUACGUCUGGUGAAAGAUGGCAGCUCCUCCAAGGCAAAUAUUACCCCUUACUUGGAUCAAGACUACAACCAGCUACUUCAGAAGUGUCUGCAGGAAAAGCGCCUGUUCGAGGAUCCUUAUUUUACGGCAGAGCCUAAAUCACUGGGGUACAACAAGUUAGGACCGUGGUCUCCAGACACCAGAGAGAUUCAAUGGAAGAGACCUCAGGAGAUCUGUCAUUCUCUUCAGUUUAUCUGUGAGAAUAUGAAGUGGACGGAUAUUUGUCAGGGAGACCUGGGUAACUGUUGGUUUCUGGCUGCUGCAGCAUCCUUGACUGUUUACCCUCGUCUCUUGGAGAAAGUAGUUCCUCCCCAGCAGAGCUUUCAGAAGGAAUAUGCAGGAAUAUUCCAUUUUCAGUUCUGGCAGUAUGGUAAUUGGGUUGAUGUUGUGAUUGAUGACCGUCUCCCUACCAAGAAUGGCGAGCUGGUAUUCGUCAAGUCAGAGCAGAAAAGUGAGUUCUGGCCCGCUCUGCUAGAGAAGGCUUAUGCCAAAUUGAAUGGGUCCUAUGAGGCACUGGAUGGAGGGUGGGUGAAUGAAGCCUUUGUAGAUUUCACAGGAGGAGUGGAUGAGAGUAUGGACCUCAAGAUUCCCCCUGCAAACCUUUUUCACAUAAUCCAGAGUGCUGUGGAGAAGAGGUCACUCAUGGGAACUUCCAUUAAUAUUCAGAAUUCGAAUGAGACUGAAAUGACGACCCCAGAAGGACUGGUGAAAGGUCAUGCAUACUCCAUUAUUGGGGUCUCAGAGGUGGAGCACAAUGGUCGCAGGAUCCCUCUGAUCAAACUACGAAAUCCAUGGGGGGCAGUGGAGUGGAAUGGGCGCUGGAGCGACAACUCCCCGAUGUGGACUCUGCUGGACAAUGCGCUGAAGGAUAAACUUCAUGUGAAACGUGAAGAUGGUGAAUUCUGGAUGCAAAUGGAUGACUUUAUGCGCUAUUUUGACACUCUGGAAAUCUGCAGCCUGACACCAGACUCAGCCUAUAGUGAUAACGCCAAGCCAUGGAAUGACAGCUCUUUUAAUGGCAAAUGGGUGAGAGGGCACAAUGCGGGUGGAUGCCGAAAUAACAGAGGUACAUUCUGGACUAACCCCCAGUUCCUAGUGACUCUAGAGAGCGAUGCUGAGAAGCACCCAUGCACAAUCCUAGCUUCUCUUAUGCAGAAGGACAGGCGGAAGGGGCGAGCUGUUGGGAGAGACUUUCUGGCUAUCGGUUUUGAGAUCUACCAGGUGGCAAAAGAGUUUGGACAGAUGACACAGGUGUCACAGAGAGUGAAAACUGUCUCCAGUCUUAUUCCCAUGGUUAUCACACCAUACAUAGCCAAGCGAGAUAUCACCGGCCGCUAUGAUGUUCCCCCUGGGCAGUACCUGAUCAUUCCCACCACUUUUAUGCCUCAUGAAGAGUCUUCCUUCAACCUGAGAGUCUUCACCGAGAAAAAUAACACAUUCAAGGAGGUUGAUUGUGAGAUCAGAGCAGAGGGGAAGGUGUUUCAGGAGAGCGAGCUUCGGAUGACAUUGGAAGAAUUCACAAGACAUUUCAAGCGCCUUUCUGGACAGGACGAGGAGAUCAGUCCCGAGGAGUUACAGAGCAUCCUGGUCCAAACCACAUCAAAACACACGCACCUGAAGACAGAUGGUUUCUCCAUGGAGACCUGCGAGCUUCUUGUAAAAAUCGCAGAUCACGGGAGAAGUGGAACACUGCUGCUUAAUGAAUUUAAGUAUCUCUGGAGCAAGAUUAAAGAAUGGGAGCGUUUAUUCACAGAACAUGAUCGAGACCGAUCUGGGACAAUGGAUGUACAGGAGCUGCGGUUGGUCCUGGAAUCGGCUGGAUUCCAUCUGGACAACAAACUGGUGGAGAUGCUGUGUCUGAAAUAUGGAGAUGAUCUCAGAAGAGUGGAUUUUGACAGCUUCCUGUCCUGCAUGGCACACCUCCUGGGGAUAUUUGGGGUAUGCUAUCGUAUGGACCAAAACAAAGAUGGUGUCGUCAGCCUUGGUGAACAGCAGAAGCUUAAUUGCCUGGGUGUCCUGAUUCAAUGUCCUUACUACAUUCUGAGCCCAACCCUGGAAGAAGUAUAUGUCAACUUUCCAAUCAGCAUGCAGGUUCUGGCUGGAUACAGAGUUCUUGCUGUAGUGGACUACAAGACUAUCCUACAAAAGCUCUACCACCAACUCAUUCAGCUGUGA